CGCUGCAGCAACAUGGCAUCCAAAACGAUUCACUUCACAGUGAACGGGAUCCCGGAGCGGGCCGAGUUCCCAGGAAACUGUCCGGCUCAGGAGGUCAAAGCUGGAAGCUCCACUCCCACCAUGUUUGACCAAACGGCUCAGAAGGAGGAACUUUAGUGAGUUCUUGUGAGAAGUGGGUGACAAAUGGACGGAUGACCUGCUUUUUCAGAUCUGUUUCGCUCGGCAGCCGAGGCCGGACCUCACGACAUCCUGAAACUCUACAACCCCAAAGGGAACAUCAUCAACAUCUGCCCCGGCCUGGAGCCCAACAGCCCCGCCUCCUGCUACAGGCUGGAGGUGGUAGCUGCCGACUGCAACAGCGAGCCGCUAGGCGCUGAGCUUGCUGGUGCACUCGGAUUUGAUCUGUCAUCCAUGGAGAAAAGACUGCAGGGCCUGGAGAAGAAGGUCCUGUUCGCAGCCGGAGAGACGCCUGCCGUCGUGCUGGAGAUGAAGAAACAGGUGGACUGUUUCCGGGAGAAGCUGGAGAGUGUCGAGCAUCUCAGCUGGCUGGGCUUCUACAAAGACCUCUCAGAGGGAACGCACCAGCCGUCACCGUUCUACCACAAGAGGAGUCUGCACAAGACCAGGGAGGAGGUGGAGCAUGUCCGCCAGAAGGUCCUGCAGAUGAGCUCCCUGGAGGUCUCAGAGGAACUGAGGCAGUACCUGAAGACCCCCACCUUCGAUAACUGGCAGUGGGAGGACGCAGAGAUCAUGGUUCUCCUGCAGGUCAUGUUCACAGACUUAGAUUUCAUCUCGUCAUUCAACAUUGAGCCUGAAGCUCUGCAGCACUUCCUGUUUGAGGUCUACAGAAGAUACAACAACAUCCCAUUUCACAACUUCCAGCACUGCUUCUGCGUCACCCAGAUGAUGUACGGGCUGAUCUGGCUGACCGACCUGAGGAAUAAACUGGAGAACAUCGACCUGCUCACCAUGAUGACCUCUGCGGUCUGCCACGACCUUGACCACACCGGAUACAACAAUGCCUACCAGAUAAACGCGCGGACCGAACUGGCUCUGCGCUACAACGACAUCUCUCCCCUGGAGAACCACCACUGUGCCGUGGCCUUUCAGAUCCUGCAGAGGAGAGAAAGCAACAUUUUCAGGAAUCUGUCCUCGGAUCAGUACAAACGGAUAAGAGAGGGAAUCAUCAAAUGCAUCCUGGCCACCGACAUGACGAGGCACAAUGAGAUUCUGCACAAGUUCAAGUCCGUCCUGCCUGCUUUCGACUUCACCAACAAGGAACACAAAGACCUGCUCAUGAUGAUCCUGAUCAAAGUGAGCGACAUUUCCAACGAAGCGCGGCCCCUGGAGGUGGCCGGGCCCUGGCUGGACUGCCUGUUACAGGAGUUCUUCAACCAGAGUGACGUGGAGAAGUUGGAGGGUCUUCCAGUCAGUCCCUUCAUGGACAGAGACAAAGUGACCAAACCUUCAUCUCAGAUCGGCUUCAUCAGGUUCGUCCUGCUGCCGCUCUUCAUGGAGCUGGCCGGCCUCUUCCCCUGCCUGGAGCAGCACAUCAUCGACCCGGUAAGGAAAGCCCUGGACUAUUACACCGAGAUGGACAGAGCUCUGGACAGGGAGCAACCCAAGACUGCAGCCAGAACCAGAGCAGAACCAGAGCAGAACCAGAGCAGAACCCAGUAAACCAGAGACGCCGUGACGGCCCGGCCUGAAGAACCGAACCGAGUUUCUGCACAUGGAUGUGAAUUUGAACCUUUAUUUCUUCUUCUGUGGUAUUGUAGGUAGGCCGUUUGCGCCUCUCAGCUGCUCUCCUUUGCUCCUGUUCAUUUAUCUAAAUAUGUCCCGUUUACUUGUAUUUUUACUAAGUUACUUUGUUCUCUUCUCUAUUGUUAUAAAUAAAUCUCUUCCAUAAAGGGAAUAUUUAAGUGAA